UAUUCAUUUCUCUGACCUAAAUUCUUUCAAUUUUUGCAUUCUCUAAACUAAGACUCUUCUUCUUCUUCCUUAACUCUCUGUCUCUCAUCGGAGCAAAAAAAAUGGGUGAUCCGACGGCCCACCUGGAAAAAAUGGGCAGAGAACUCAAGUGCCCCAUUUGCUUGAGUUUGCUAAACUCCGCGGCUUCGCUUACAUGCAAUCAUGUGUUCUGCAAUUCGUGCAUUUCGAAAUCGAUGAAAUCGGGCUCCACUUGUCCGGUUUGUAAAGUCCCAUAUCGGCGUAGAGAGGUUCGUCCUGCUCCUCACAUGGAUAACCUAGUGAGCAUCUACAAAAGCAUGGAAGUUGCUUCAGGAAUCAGUAUAUUUGUCACUCAGAAUGCACCCUCAAAUAAAUUAUCAGAUAGAGAAAAGCAAGCUGAAGGUGAUGACAACCAUGGUGAACAAGUUAUGAUAGGAAGUUGCCAGGAUAUUGCAGAGAAACAAAAUACCUUGAAAGGAAAAGGGUCAAGAAAAACAUUUAAAUCCAACAUGAAAAGCACUAGUUCUAUCUCUGUGAAACCUUCAUUUCCAACCAAGAAAAGGGUUCAGGUGCCACAGUGUCCUCUUUCAGAAACCCCAACAAGGCUCUCAAAGUUUGAAGGUCAAUUGAGUGAAAUUGCCAAAGAAGAUCCUAAAAGAAGUUCAACCACUUCAAAGGAGAACUCUGCUCUAAAUGACAAGGGAGAACCAGUGCUUUUACCUUUCUUUUGGUUGAGAGAGGAGGACAAUACAGAAAAGUCAAGUCAGCAUACUGAUGAGAGUCACUUCAUGGAUCUGCCACAGCCAGAUGCUCCUGCCUUCAGUGAUAUUAAAGACUCAGAUGAUGAAAACCCUUCCAAUUUGACCCCAACUGGGGGAUUGCAUGGAAAAUGCUCCACUGUUUCAGAUCUUUUUGAUAGCGAGAUGUUUGAAUGGACACAAAGACCUUGCUCUCCUGAACUUUGUUCAAGUCCUUUCAAGACACAGGUUGCAAAUGUGGAAGAAAUUAAUGGAAUUCAAGAAAAUGAGGUAGAUGAAGCCUCACAAGGUGUGACUGCUGGUGAAGAACAAAGCACUGAAAAUGCAAAAUGCGUGAAUUCUAAACAAGGAAGUGUUACUGCAGAUGAGCUGUCCAAUGCGUCCUCUCCCAGAACUAAAGGUUCCAACGAUCAAAACGAGAGCAAUAAAUCUAACAGGGGUCGUAAGAUUGGGAAGGCAAGUGAAGUGGCCCGAAAGAAGCCUGCCAAAAGACAUACAGAUUCAGAUUUUGAAAUUUAUGUUGAUUUGAAUAAAGCAUCAGAAAAUUAUAUCCAAGAGCCAACUCAUGAUAAUAAAGACGGUUUAAAGUUAGAUCACUUAGAUGAGACAAGGAAAAGGAGAAAGAAGACUUGUUUUGGUACCAGUGCAAUUAAAGCAACACCUAAAAAUGUUCAUGCUGUCUCUGUGGGAACAGAAAAUCUGAAGCAUGGUAAAGAAAGCAUGGCAACUGAGACCCCUGCUUCAUUCGGUAAGAAAGAAGGCAGUGAUGAAAAUUCCACCUUGAAGAAUGCUAGAAAAGGGCGUAAGAAGAUUGAUUGCUUAAUAAGGUCUGAGAAACGGAAGCUUGAUUCUGUGAAGGACAACAUGCUUGAAGAAAUAUCUAAGAUUGAAAACCAUAAAAAUGAGCAUAAAAUCCCAGAAUUGGCCCCUGUAUCUAAGUCUGGUGAUCGAGAACUGAGAAGUAGGAAAAAGAUGAAAGCUUCUGCUGAUGGCAUUUUAAAGGAUGAUUUGGUCAAUGACAGCCAAAAAGGUCAUACUUAUGUUUCUGCUAAGGAAACCCAAAUGAGCGAAAAGACUCUAUGCAAUCCUGAUGUCAAAGUUCAGGAUGACUCAUCAGUGGUGCAGAAGCUACCUUCUCGGAUAAAUGAAGUAGUCUUACGGAAAUGUGAGACUGUUUCUAAAAAGUUUCAAUGUGCUUUCUGUCUUUCUUCAGAAGAAUCAGAGGCUUCAGGAGAACUAGUGCACUACUAUAAUGGUAGGCCUGUUGCUGCCGAUCACAAUGGAGGAUCUAAGGUCAUACACUCACAUAGGAAUUGUACUGAAUGGGCCCCUAAUGUCUAUUUUGAAGAUGAUAUUGCAAUUAAUCUAGAAGCUGAAUUAACUAGAAGCCGGAGAAUUAAGUGUUGUUGCUGUGGAAAUAAGGGGGCGGCUCUUGGCUGUUAUGAGAAGAGCUGUCGCAAGAGUUUCCAUGUUCCUUGUGCAAAGUUGAUCCAUCAAUGUCGAUGGGACACUGAUAACUUCGUCAUGUUAUGCCCUCUUCAUGCCUCAUCUAAGCUUCCCAGUGAAAGCCCUGAAUCUCAAGGAAGGAGGAAGGAAUGCACUCUUAAAGGGCGACUAUCUCAAUGUGAUCAUGUUGCAAGUAAAAAUGUUGACAUUACUGGUAGAAACUGGAAUUCUUGUGGAUCCCAAAAGAAAUUGUUUCUCUGCUGUUCAGCUAUCACAACUCCAGAGAGGGAAACUGUUUUUAAAUUUGAGAGAUUAUCGGGAGUUACAAUUCUGAAAAAGUGGGAUUCGUGUGUCACCCAUGUUAUUGCAUCAACCGAUGAAAAUGGGGCAUGUAAAAGAACCCUCAAAGUAUUGAUGGGUAUCUUGGAGGGAAAGUGGAUACUGAAUAUGGAGUGGAUUAAGGCUUGCAUGAAGGUCAUGCAAAUUGUUGAUGAGGAGCCUUAUGAAAUUACUGUUGACAUUCAUGGGAUCAGAGAUGGCCCUCGACUUGGAAGACUAAGAUUGCUCAACCAGCAACCAAAGCUUUUCGAUGGGUGUAAGUUCUAUUUCAUGGGAGAUUUUACACCCGAAUACAAGGGAUACCUACAAGACCUUGUAAUUGCUGCUGGAGGAACAAUUCUGCAUAGAAAACCUAUUUCAGAGGUUCAAAAAGCCAUGUUAUCUGGCUCCUCAACAUGUCAAACCUUCAUAAUUUACAGUAUUGAGCUGCCAGAUGAAUAUGAUCCUAGCAAGAAAACUACAAUUAUCAACCGCAGGCAGUUUGAUGCAGAGGCCCUGGCAAGUUCAACUGGAGCCAAAUUAGCCAGCAAUUCAUGGGUUUUGAACUCCAUAGCAGGCUGCCAUUUGCAAAAUCUUGCCGAGUAAAAACCUCUUCCAAUUCCAUGAGCCUUGUACAUGUUUGAGAAGCUUAUUCCGAACUUUAUAUAUAUCCUUUUCUUUUAAAAUUUUGUUGACUUUAUAUAUCUUCUUUCUUACAGAGCUUGUAAUCCCUUGCAUUCGCACAAAUGCAUUUGAGAUAAAGUGCAAUUAGAUACAUGUUAAAGGUUGCACCUAACUUCGAAUCUUAGUUGGUAGAGUAUGUAACUUCGAAUGUUAGUUAUUAAACAAAAUGUAGUUUGUUGAUUUAUUUAUAUAGUUGGCUUUUACUUGACAUAA